AUGCCUGGGCAUGUCUACACAUUCAAUACAAUAGAAAGACUGAGUUGCGGGGAUUUAUAUAAAGUGGGUGGCAACCCAGAGUUGCUCUACUUUGGAAAUCAGACACCGAGCUGCGCACAUCGGGGAGAAAACGCUUGCUAGUCAACAUGCCUCUGGCUAAAGACUUACUAAACCCGAGUCUCGACAUCGAGAGGAGGCAACAUAAAAAGAAGAGACUUGUGCAGAGUCCAAACUCCUACUUCAUGGAUGUGAAAUGCCCAGGUUGUUAUAAAAUCACAACGGUGUUUAGCCAUGCUCAGAGCGUGGUGUUGUGUGUUGGGUGUUCCACAGUGCUCUGCCAGCCUACAGGAGGAAAGGCCAGACUAACUGAAGGUUGUUCUUUCCGAAGAAAACACUAACGAAAAUAAUCAAAUUGGGUCUUUUGAAUAAAAAGAAAUUGUUCGUUUCCUUAUCUUUCAUUGAUUGCAAUGAGUGAAAUACCACUACAGUGAUUAUUAUGUGGAAGAUUAUUUCUACUGUAUCACUUUUCUGAAUAAAGUCUGAGCAGAGCAUCUUUAA